CACACCCACUCUUUCUGCAUGUACAUGUAAUCUUUGUGGAACACAAGCACGAAAUAUUGAACAAUCAGUGGGACGUUUCAGAUGCAAUUUAACUUGUUCUUUUAACAAAUUGAAAAUGUUUAGCUGGUAUUAUUCAGUGGAUUGGAUAUUAUUUCGUCUGCCAAAAACAAUGGAAAGGACAGCAUUCAGUGUGGAUUAUCGAUAAAAUACUCAACAUGGCGCUUAAAUCGUGUAGAACAAUGUUCUUUAUCGUGUAGAGUCCAGGUUACGCAUUUCCAAAUGUUCUGAUUUAUCCUCGGUUGCUACCACACAGCUUCCACAAUCCGCUAGGAAGGUUUGAGCGACCUGAGAAGUUUCCACAUUUUCUUAUUCAACAACUAUUAAGAGGCAAAUGUCCUUUGGCAUUUUCCUUCUUUUUUUCGGGAAUGUGACAAAUAUUCAAGGUUAUUGCAUAGGUAAUCUUUAUCUACCACGGUUCUGAGUUCAAAUGCGAAGGACUUGAGACACAAGGGUGUAAGCUCGGGUGGAUAACAUGGCUUUAAAUGCUCAAAUUUGUAAUGCGAAAUGUUCCAUUUCUUUAUGCGUUAUGUAUCAGACGUCAAGUUAACGACAGAUCAGAGCAUGUGAGAAUGUAUGGCGCGAACUGUUAGGUCGUCACGUUCCUUUGUUUAUGCACGCCAGGACCGGAAAUGGUAAUACAACUUGCGGAUGUGUUCAGUUUGGGCGCACAAGAUGGCGAAUUAUUCUGCAAAGCGAAUAACCAACUUAAUAUAUGUGUAAAUUAAUCAAGACAAUUGUUCAAUGUGACAUUGCGUUUUAAACAUGCUAUUAAGUAACACAUUUGAUCAAAUUUAAAUGCGCUAUUUCUAGGUGCGUACAUGGUGCUAAAUAUCACGUCGAAGUGACGUCAACAUUAUAUCGUUGUGAUGAUUAAAGCAUAUUACAAUGUUGGUUUUACGUGACUAUGUAUAGACAAAGUAAGAUAUGGAUGUAGAAAUUAACGUUAAUUUUACUUCGCCUCGUUGGUGACAUUUACAUAUUUGAUAUACGAUCUUUGUAGAAGGAUAUCAGUACAAUAUUAACAUAUAUACUUUCAGAAGUUGAUACUUAGUUUUAUGUAAUGACAUUUGUAAUUAUUAUUCAAAAGAGCACCAAGAUCCAUGUGACACCUGCUAUUGAAUAGAUGAAACAAGUAUCAUCUAUCAUACGAAUAGAAGAGAGGAGAUGAGAGAACCUAAACGGGAUAGUGCGUGGAGUUGGUUGGUAUUGUUUUGUGUUUUGUGCUGUCAGAUAGUUCUCGGAGGGGUAUGCCUGUCAGGCGGACUAUUUUAUGUUAUAUUCAAGAAUGUGUUCAGCUCAGAUCCUGUGGAAACUUCCUGGCUAUGCUCACUCCCAAUCACUAUGUGGUUUAUUUCAACACCAGUUGGAAGUAUUCUAACAAAUCGCCAUGGUUACCGUGUAUGUUCGUUUGUUGGUGGUAUUCUGUCAGCGUGUGGUCUUUCCUUGAGUUUUCUUGCAACAAGUUCAACGUUCCUUUUCUUCACAUAUGGAUUUCUGACAGGGCUUGGGCUGGGAAUAAAUUACACUGGAUGUAUGUCGGCACUCAAUGUGUACUUUGAUAAAUACAAGACGGUAGCAACUGGUAUUGCUUCAGUUGGCAACAACAUCGGUCUUAUCAUAUUUGCUUAUUUUAUUGUUGCACUGGAGGAAAGCUUCGGUUGGAGAGGGAUGCUUCUAAUUAUUGGUGGAAUAACGUUCAAUCUUUGCGCAUGCGCAGUAGUGAUGUUUCCAAUAGAAGUUCGCUUUGAUACAUACAGUAAACAUAAUUUGAACGAAAAGACGACAAGAUCACUCCGAAGAAAAUACAUCAAUUGUUCAGUUUUUAGAAAAAUGUCGUUUGUCGGUUUUUGUGCAAGCAAUGUGUUUUUUAAUUUCAGUCAUGGAAUAUAUAUCUUACAUUUGCCUUCCUACUCGAAAGAUGUAGGCUUCAACAAAAAUAAUUUUGGAACAGUGCUUAUGGCUUAUGGCAUAUGUAACAUUGUCGGGAAGGUGUUCUACAGCUGUUUAGGACAUCAUCCACAAGUAAAUGUUACUUUAGUUUACACUAUAUCACUUACAGCUACUGGAAUAUGUAUGGGUUUAACACCUGUGCUUCUUACCCGAACCGGCAUGCUUGUUUUAGCAGGACUUGUUGGUUUUUUCUCUUGUGUAACAGGGGCUUUAAUCAACGCAGUUAUUCACACGAUUGUCGGAUUUAGCAGGUUUACGGAUGGAGUUGGUAUGUCAUUGCCGUUCAAAGCAACUGGAAAUCUCAUUGGUGGGCCAAUGGCAGGUUUUUUGUUAACAGCUACCGGAAAUUACGCAAUUUCCUUUUAUCUGGCGGGUGUUAGUAUGAUUUUAGCUUCAUGUUUAUUGGUGCAUCCAAUUGUACAUGUAUGGCAAAGGGAAAAGGAUCAUCGGACUAGAAAUAUAAACACUGUCAGUGAAAUGGACGUGGAGAAUUCGAACAAAGAAUCAAUUCAUGGACCUGAACAUUCUAUAGCGGAUCUUGACAAUGAAACUAUGCUAAAUUCAGAGUCGAAAUUUAUAGAUCUUGAAAAUUAUGAAAGAAACUAACAACUGGAGAUUAAUCCUGUUAGCCACCAGUCAGUUUAUCAAAAUAACCUUAGUGAAACAAUGAAACAUUGUGAAUUACAUUAACUCAAGGCCUGAAACUUACGGCCUUUAAAGCUGCUCAACAUUCAGUUAUUAGAAAAUUUAUCUACCUGUUCAUUUUAAAUGUGUUUGGCAUAAAAUGCUGAAAGAAAUGAGUUACUUUGUUAUUUCAAGCGACACAAACGACGUUUGAACCUCUGAUCGCUUUUCAUAAUAUAAUUUCAGGGCACUUACAUGUAUACUAGACCUAGAUUUUAUAUUUGAGCCGUGCCAUGAGAAAACCAACAUAGUGGCUUUGCGACCAGCAUGGAUCCAGACCAACCUGCGCAUCCGCGCAGGCUGGUCUGGAUCCAUGCUGGUCGCAAAGCAGCUGUAACAUACUUGUCUGAGGAUUAUAAGAGAAAACCACUCGGUUAUCAUAUGACAUUAUUCUUGGAGAAACAUACGUAAAAGUAAAUAUUUACAUGAUACAAAUACAUAUAUAUAACAGAGAGUAUUAAAAUGGUUAUAACAGACUCCGCCUCUUGGGUGUAUCUAUAACUGUCAUUGCUAUACACUACAGCCACUAUGUUUGUUUUCUUAUGGUGCGGCUCAUACAUGAUAUUUUUUACCUUUCCGCAAACUAUUACUAAUUGGUAUUAAAGUUGGCAUGUUGUCUAUUUUCAGAAAUGGUAAAAUUACUUUUGAUUAUAGUAAUACAUUGUAUUUAUACAUGUUAAAAUAUUCAGGACAGCAAUACGUACUAUAUAUAUUAUAAUUAAAACUGGCAAUCAUUGGGAACAUUUAUAACACCUUUUGGUAACCAUGGUAACAAAGGGUCUGUCUCUCUUCACAUGUUAUCUAUCAGUCACGCCUGUAUCCUGGUAUUGGUUUACGCAAUACAUGUAUUUGAUAGAUGUUAAACUGUAAAGACAGAACAAGCUUAUACAUCAUGUACGCUGAUGUACAGAAGAGUGAUCUAAAUAAAGUGAGUACAGUAGAUCUACAAUACUUAAACAUUAUUAUAACUUAAUGAUUAUAUUCAUCGGUAAGAUUAUAUUUAUGAGGCUGAUGUAUCUAUAAAAUAUCUAUUUUAACAACAAUUGUUAGUUUUUUAUCUGCAUUUUUCUAAAAAUAUUACAUAGUUACAAAGUCAUAGAGGAUAAUUAUGCUUCCAUUACUAGUAAUAAUUCUAUCAGUAAUUUAUCAAAACUCUUUUGCAUUUGUAUUUAAUUUACGGGAAAAUGAUAAACAGUAAUGAUGAAACACUCGAAUUUAUUAUACAUGUAUAUUGCAGGCGAUACCAAGACAAAUGGAUUAGUCGUGCUGAAGAUUUCGAGACUAUAUAUACAGUAACUAAGACUCACUGAUUGGAUUACCUAUUUGACUUACUGUUGUUAUAUAUAUAUAAUUAACAAAUAAUCAAGGCCAUCGGGUGGUUUAUCGUCUAAUUUAUCAUGGUUCAGAGUUCAGAUGCGUAGGAAUUGAACCACUGAAGCAUCUGAACGAUGAACCGUGGUAAACUAGGCGCUAAAUCACAAGAAGGGCUUGAUUGUUUUCAUUCUGACAUGCUCAUGGACAUAUUAUGAUAAAUAUUAUGCAGGACUUCAUUUACCCGAGGAGUUAUGUAUCGGAUGUCAUGCGGCAAUUUGACGUCAUAAUUGACGUCAUAAUGCUCUCUUACCGGUCCGCGCGUCAACCAUUGUUUAUCGUAGAAUAUACAGAGCUUGAUUUCCUUCUUUGUUUAACUGGAAAUCAAAUCGAGUCAUGUUAGAAUGUUAUAUUUACUGAUACAAAAUACAGUCACAGAUUCAUAAAAUAAAGAUUAGAAAACGAA